CACAGAGCAUAGCGUCGGCUCCCAUGGUUGCAUGGGUAUUUCGAGCUGCCUUUAACCGCAACAAAGACACCGUGGCUUGGUUGUUGAAACAUCUGUAACAGCACUGGAAUAACGUAGCUGUCAACAGCGGAGGAAAAGAGAGGAGACGUUUCUUCUAAUUUCGAAGAAAACUCCGCUGGGAAAAGUAGCAUUUGGUGGCAAGUAGAGUCGCUGCUCGAUGAUGUGCAGAUUUCUUUCUUCCUGAGAGCCAAUGAAUCUUGGGCAGGAAGAUCAAUUCUACCCCGCUUCAAAGAUGUGAAGCAGGGUGUCAACACCUGGAUGUCAACACCUGUUCUGCAGUGAAUGAUUGCAAGUCAAAGAAGGUAAUUUCUAGUCAACCAAACACCGAUGUGAACCUUGCUUUCUUAAAUCUCAAAGUCAGACAAGAUUGAUGAACACAUCAGUCAUAAGGACCAGAUGCAGCUCACAAUGAAGACAUCUGUGGCAUGAAACUAGAUCUGCCCCUCAUUUCCUGCUCCUUCAUUUCCUUCCAUCACCCUUCACUUAGUAACUCUAACUUCAGCAACGCCGCAUUGAUGAGGUAACGUCGAGCUCCCGCUCCGCAGCACCUACUGCACAUAUACCACAUUGCCUUCCUCCCCUUCUCCUCCCACCAACCCUUUCAUCACAGCCAUGGGUCAGAAGAUUUCAGGCAGCAUUAAAUCGGUGGAUAGUCGCGGGGAAAGUGGCGGCUCUCCGUCGUACCGACCCACGGCUCAUCGCCGCCAACACCUGGAGCUAAGGGGUCCAGAUUUCUCCAAGCCACCCAGGCUGGAUCUCUUGUUGGACAUGCCAUGCGCUGGACUGGAGACGCAGCUCCAUCAUGCGUGGAAUCCAGACGACCGCUCCCUCAACAUCUUCAUCAAAGAGGACGACAAGUUGACAUUUCACCGACACCCAGUUGCUCAAAGCACGGACUGCAUCAGAGGACGGGUUGGAUACACAAGGGGUCUUCAUGUGUGGAAGAUCCACUGGCCUUCGCGGCAGCGAGGCACCCACGCUGUGGUGGGUGUGGCGACCUCGGAAGCUCCUCUACAUUCUGUUGGGUACACCGCUUUAGUGGGUUCGGACUGUGAGUCCUGGGGCUGGGAUCUGGGACGAAACAAACUCUACCAUGACAGUAAGAACCGGUCCCACAGUUCGCUGCCUUCGUACCCUUGUUUCCUAGAGCCAGACGAGUCAUUCACACUCCCGGACUCUCUCCUAGUGAUUCUGGACAUGGAUGAAGGGACGCUUAGCUUUAUGGUGGAUGGACAGUAUCUAGGAGUUGCAUUUCGAGGCCUGAAAGGAAGGAAGCUGUAUCCCAUCGUGAGUGCCGUAUGGGGACAUUGUGAAAUAACCAUGAAGUAUAUCAACGGCUUGGAUCCUGAGCCCCUGCCGCUCAUGGACCUGUGUCGACGUGCGGCCCGCCUGGCGUUGGGUCGAGAACGGCUCAAGGAAAUUGAGAGCCUCCCUCUGCCCCAGUCCCUCAAAAAUUACCUCCAGUACCAGUGACUGACACCGGCAGAUCCAACUGGGACAACAAGGACACAGAGCAGGCCACCAGAGAGUCUGCAGAUGGACGAUGAAAAGGUGAACUUGAGGUCGCACAGAGGGGAUGAUUGAUUGAAGAACGUCCACACUGGAGCACCGCAACUCUCAUGAAUCCGUACAAGGACGGAUAAGGACGAAGGCAGAUGAACUGGGGGGGAGGAGAGGAAAUUCAGGCUUUCCAACAAUUGGACCACACCAGCUUCUUCUUCUUUCUUUUUUUAUUUUAUUUUAGGCUGCUUUUUUUGGUUUUAGACUUGAAAUAAAUUAUUGAUGACAGCGUCACAUCAGUGUCUCUUUCAUCCAGACUGAAAGCCCAUCCUCUGAUGGCACAGCGCUGUUAGGUGGCAAAAGCAAACAUCGCCAUCUAGUGGUUAGAAUAAUAAAAAGAAAAAAAAAACAGGAGAAAGUAAGCACACUAAUCCCAUCCAUGGAGGCCUUUCUGACAUACACUCACUGACCAUAUCAUUGCAGCUGAUGUCUGUUCAUAAUCCACACUGGCACAGGUGGCCGGCAGCAGAAUCAGAAAUGUCCAAAAGGAUUUUUAGCACUGAUGUAUUUAUGUGACUGACCCCAGGUCUGCCCAUCAGCUCACACUGCAGACAGAUUACAUCAGCACACAUCUGGGAGGUGUGUGUACAGAUCCACACAAUACAUCCUUAUCUGAAGAAAAUGAAGCCCUUUUCAGACAUUUAAUGCUUUUGAUCGAACUCUUCUUAAUCCUUCUUUUUAACACUAUAAAUUAAAACAUUCUUAAUCAACUCCUUAGCAUGAGGCAUUAAAUUAUAAAACCAGAACUUUCUCACAAUUGGCAACUCUUUAAUUAGUUUUUAUUGAAUUUCUGAUUGAUAUAUUAAAUAUUUUUAUAUUAAACAAAUAUGAUGGUUAAUUUGCAGUAUUGUGAAAAGUUUACCUUAGAAAGUACCUGACCUAAGUUCGGCUAUUACGGGUUAAAACUAAAAUAAAACAUGUUCAUAGUUCCCCACAUAAGCAUUCGUCUUCUUUUUUUUUUAACUUUACUUAAGUCCAUCUUUAAAAUUAUAUAGAUCAUCGUCUUUAAGGUCUUUAAAUCAAUCAAUCAAUCAAAUUUUAUUUGUAUAGCACAUUUCAGCAGCAAGGCAUUUCAAAGUGCUUUACAUC